AUGCCUGACGACAACCCCGAAGGCGACGAGUUCAUUCCGCUCCCCCGCGACGAGUCUCCGAUGGCCGAAGACGCGCCGGACAAGAUCACCGUGCCCAGCGCUACGAGCGCCAAGUCAGCCGUGUCGGACGACAAUCACGGCUCGGGCAAUCGUAUCUCGAAGACGGCAACACCCGUUCACGAUCCCUCAACCCGCGGUGAUGAAGGAGACGAUGAAGACGAGAGCACGCACGACGUUCAGCUCCACCCUGAAGUCCCCACCAUGCUCGCCCGCUAUAGCCCUCGCGACGACGCCUUCGUAUUUCAGAAGUUCCACGAAGAUGGGUCCAAGACGUGGCCCGCGUUCAUCUCCAUCCAACGCAAGGUUAUUCGCGACUUCAUCGAAUUCGACGAGUCACUGCGCUCCGGCGCGGCGUGGUCGUACAAUCACGUUCCGGCUGGGUAUGAAGACCUCGCGAAGUCGUUCAACCACUAUGUUCCACCUCGUAUCGCCGCUUUCACGCUAGCGCAGCCUCAUCGAGUUGGUGCAGGACUAAGCCCUCACGUCACGGGUCCGUCGCCGCGUACUAUCAUGGUCACGCCCGAGGUUCGGCGCGCCUCCGCGAUACACAAGAAGGCACGCGCUCGCGACACCAUACGCAACACACCCUCUACGUCCCGCGAUUCGCGCGGAUCUCGUUCCACGUCAGCUCCUCCGUCGAAGCCGUCCACCCCAUACUCUCGCCCGUCUAGCCGUUCGACCUCGGAUGCGGGAUACUUCGACGACGAGCAGUACACUCAGCGCGUCGCUCAACGUGCUCUGGCCAGUUUGGCCGAUGAUGCAAUGCGGCGCGACUAUCUGCGGCGCGAGGCUAUUAAGGAGCGUAAGGAGAAGAGACGCGCUCGGGAAGACCGCGACGCUUAG